AUGUUCCAACUCAUUCCACUGACGCUCAAUUGCACGAAGAUUCGACGUUGGGCAGUGGACAUCGAUGCAAUAGAAAAGUUCGGACUCAAGUUCAUGAAGCGCCACACACACUCACACACACACACACUCUCUCUCUCUCUCUCUCUCUCUCUCUCUCUCUCUCACACACACACACACACGUUUAAUCCAAAUUUGUUGCCUACGGGACACACACUUGCUAGUUUGAAAUUAUUUCUCUGUUACGGUUUUAAUCCUCCUCCCUAUCAAAACUUUUGUACAUUAUUUUUUCCUUCUCUCUCUCUCUCUCUCUCUCUCUCUCUCUCUCUCUCUUCUCUCUCUCUCUCUCUCUUUCAGUUUUCCUACCUCUUCUCUUUUCCUCUCUUUCUCUCUACCAAUCCUGACAAAAUUGUUUCUUUUAUUCUUCAUUUUCCCUCCAAACUGGAUUAUUUGAUUUGGUGUUUGCUAAUCCCUCGUGUCUUUCGCUCUCUUUUCUUUCAUCCGUUUCUUGAUCUUUCUUUCUUGCUUUCUUUCUUUCUUUCUUUCUUUCUUUCUUUCUUUCUUUCUUUCUCCAUCGCACUUUCUUGCUCUCUUUCGCUCUAUUUUUCUUAUUUUCUUUCUUUUUCUUUCUAUUUAUUUUUCACGCAUUCAUUCUUAUUCCCUUUCUCUCCCCCUCUCUCUCUCUAUGUUUCUUUAUUUCUCAUUCUCUUUCACUCGGUCUUUGUUUCUCUUUCUUUCUUUAUUUAUACAUUUUAUAUGUUACUCUCUUUCUUUCCUGUCUUUUCUUUCUUAUGUUCUCUCUUUCUUUCUCCCUCCCCCAUUCCCUCACUUGCCUUCUUAUAA